AUGUCGCGGAGCCGACACAGAGUCUCAGCCCCGUUCUGGGGCAUGCUCCUCCUCUUCUCGUUGGCUGCCCUGGCCUGUACCUGCCCAGUCGCCCAGCGCAGCGCUGAACCCGUCGGCCUCAGCGUCGGCCUCGGCGUCGGCCAGUCGCUCGCCCUCGCCCUCGGCCGCGGCCUCCGCUUCGGCUUCGGCUUCUACAGUGCCCUCUGCUUCGGCUUCCGCAUCGGCCAGCAGGCUGCCGUCGCCUUCUGCAUCCGCGUCGGCUUCGCCGGCCGCCAGCAGGUCCCCUUCGCCUUCGGCAUCGGCCUCAGCCUCGCCCUCGCCUUCUGUGUCGGCUUCGGCUUCGGCUUCCGCUUCCGCUUCGGCGUCGGCGUCGCCGAGCAGGUCGGCCUCGCCGUCAGUGUCGGCUUCGGGUUCGCCGAGCAGGUCAGCCUCGCCCUCUGCUUCGGCAUCGGCGUCGGCAUCGGCCUCGCCAUCGCCCACGGCUUCACCGUCGGCAUCGGCCUCGCCAUCGCCCACGGUCGCAACUGCACCACAGCCCUCUUCAACGGCGCCCAGUCCUUCGACACCUUCCUCUUCGGAAGCGCUACCAUCCAGAACGGCCAGUUCGGUGGUCGUGUUGCAAUCAGCGGCAACGCCAAUUUGACCCAGUUCGGUAUCGCCAAUGCCCUGCCAUGCACCAACGCCGAUGCCAGGAACUUCAACCUCAUCGUUAACGGAAACCUGACGUCGGUCAACGGCCAAGUCGCGUGCGGCAGCGCCCUGGUGACCGGCACCGUCGUGAGCGCCCCCAACUUCCGCCAGGAGGCCCAGGGCGCCGGCGUGGUGAGCGGCUCUGCGUCGAUGGCCGCUGUGGACUUUGAUCAGAGCUUCAGUUCGCUGCUCUUCACCAACCAACAGAUCUGCAGCCUCACCUGCAAGCAGGCGGCGAUCACGGGCUCGGGAGCGGUGACGUUCGACUUUGACAACACCACCAACGUGUACUGCCUCAACGCGGCCGAUGCCUCGCGGGCCACCUCGUUCCGCUUCACCAACUUCCCGGUCGACUUUGCCGGCGCGCUGGCCAUCAACAUCCUGGGAUCGGCUGGUGAGACGGUGACGCUGUCGAACGCGGCGACGAACCUGGGCAAUGUGAAGCCCACCCAAAUCGUGUGGAAUGUGUGCAAUGGGCUCAACGUGCGCCUGUCGGCCUUCACCCUCUUCGGGUCCCUCCUGGCGCCCGCCUCCUCUAUCAACAUCACCAACGCGCAACAGUCUCUUCUCCGGAUUCUUCUGCCUCUCGGGCUCGCCUUCGCCCAUCCCGUCGGCCUCCCCAUCGGCCUCCCCCUCGGCCUCGGCCUCCGCUUCGCCUUCGGCUGCCGUCUCGGCGUCACCUUCACCCUCGGUCUCUGCCACGUCAUCACCGUCGGCUUCCGCUUCGCCCUCGGGGUCUCCCUCGGCGGCUGCUUCGCCCUCGGCUUCGGCUUCACCCUCUGCCGCCGCUUCGGCUUCUCCCUCGGUCUCUGCCACGUCAUCACCGUCGGCAUCCCGGUCCGCUUCGCCCUCGGCGGCUGCGUCGGCCUCUGCUUCGCCUUCUGCGGCCGCUUCGGCUUCGGCUUCGGCAUCGCCGGCCGCCAGCGCGUCAGCCUCGGCUUCACCUUCUGCGGCUGCCUCUGCCUCACCCUCGGCCUCACCCUCUGCGGCUGCCUCGGCUUCAGCGUCGCCCGCCGCCAGCGCCUCGGCCUCGCCCUCAGCGGCCGCUUCGCCAUCGGCUUCUGCUUCGCCCUCUGCGGCCGCUUCGGCUUCGCCCUCCGCUGCUGCCUCGGCCUCGGCCUCGCCCGGCGCCAUGCCUCGGCUUCGCCCGCCGCUUCGGCCUCCGCGUCGCCGUCGGCCUCGGCUUCACCCUCUGCCGCGGCUUCGCCCACGGCCAGCCCGCCCAUCGUGGGCUCGCCCACCCCGCAGCCGCCCAUCAUCGGCGGCAACUGCUCGUCACCGAUCAAGGCGCUCGACGGCGCCGCCGACUUCGACACGUUCGUUCUCGGCCAGGGCGACGCCCUGACGGCCCGUAACGGUCAGUUCGGCGGAAGGGUGGCGGUCAACGGCAAUGCGCGCCUGUCGAGCUUCGGUAUGGGCGCCGAGCUGGUGUGCGCCGCCAACGACUCGAGCGCGUUCAACCUCAUCGUCCAGGGCAACCUGUCGGCGACCAAUGGCGAAAUCUUCUGCGGCAGCGCCCUCGUGAAUGGCUCGAUUCAAUCUGCUCCUUCACUGCGCCAAAUCAACCAAGGCGCGAACGUGACGCAGGGCGACCUGUUGACGCUGUCGACGCUCGACUUCACCGAAUCAGCCGACAACCUUACCCGCAUCAACCGCCAGCUGUGCGAGGCCUUCGCCGACAACUGCACCCAGGCCGAGAUCGACGCCUUCGGUAUCGUCUCCCUCCGCUGGGACAACGUCACCAACGCGGGCCGCGCGCAGGUCUUCUGCCUCAACUCCUCCCUCAUCGCCAACGCUACAUUCUUUGAAUUCGCUGGAUUCCCUGCCAACUUCUCCGGCGCCAUCGUCGUCAACAUUCUGGGAUCGGAGGACGUGCGGUUCGCCAACGCCGCGAUCUCGGCGGGUAACCUGAACGCGACCCAGGUCUUGUGGAAUGUGUGCAAUGCCACCCGCGUCGACAUCUUCGCUUUCCAGCUGUUCGGAUCUCUCCUGGCGCCCCUCUCCAACGUGUCCCUCAUCAACGCCCAGCAGAUCGGUACGACGGUGGCGCUCAACUUCACCGGCAGCAGCUUCCAGAAGCUGUUGGCGCCCUUCAUCGGCGAGAUCUGCCUGCCCGACCAUCGUCGGCACGCCCAUCCCGUCGGCCACGGCCUCGCCCUCACCCGCCGCAUCACCCUCUGCGGGCGCCUCGGCAUCGCCGUCGCCCUCUGCCGGGGCCUCGCCAUCGGCUUCGCCCUCCGCGUCUCUGUCGGCCUCGCCCUCUGCCUCGCUCUCGGCCUCGCCCUCUGCCUCGCUCUCGGCCUCGCCCUCUGCCUCGCUCUCGGCCUCGCCCUCUGCCGGCGCCUCAGCCUCGGCUUCGCCCUCCGCAUCGCUUUCGGCAUCGCCCUCCGCAUUGCUGUCGGCGUCGCCCUCGCCUCCCCGUCCAUCUCGGCGUCGCCCUCGCUCUCGGCGUCGCCCACAGCCUCGCUGUCGCCGUCGAUUUCCGCUUCGCCCUCAGCCGUGUCGCCCACCCUUUCGCCCUCGGUCUCGCCCACACAUCCAUCGCUCUCCGGCUCACCCUCUGUGUCGCGCUCGCCCUCGGUCUCGCCCACCCUGUCGCCCUCGGUGUCGCCUACGCAAUCGGCAUCGCCGUCGAUCUCCGGAUCGCCCUCGUCGGCGUCGCCCACGCAGUCUGCUUCGCCUUCGGUUUCGCCGACGGCGUCCGCGUCGCCCUCGCCUCCGAGCAACAACGUGGUGGGCGCCGGCAACUGCACCAACGCCCUCUUCGGCGCGGCCCAGGCCUUCGAUCUCUUUGUCCUCGGAACAGGCGACCAGAACGUGACAACCGGACUGAACGUGGUCAACGGCCAGUUCGCGGGUCGGGUGGCGGUCAACAGCGGUGCACGGCUGAACGACUUUGGCAUCGGCAACAGCCUCAACUGCACCGCGGCCAACGCCACCAACUUCAACUUUAUCGUCCAGAACGACCUCAAUGCAACGAAUGGAGAGCUGUUCUGCGGCAGCGCGCUGGUGGGCGGCAACGUGACCAACCCGCUCACGUUCCGGCAGGUCAAUGAGGGCGCCAACCUCGUGUCCGGCGUCGACGUCAGCAUCUCGGGCAUCGACUUCGCCAGCGCCACCAGCUUCCUCACGGGCGUCAACCAGGCCGUGUGCGCACUCAACUGCACCAAUGUGACGCUGGGUCAGGCCAACGAGCUCCGAUUCACGGGCGCCGCGGGGGCCAACUCGACCCAGAUCUUCUGCGUGCGGUCGGCCGACCUGAGCCGCGCCGCCUCGAUCGUCUUCGACUUUGCCGCCAAUUUCACGGCCCCCAUCGUCGUUAACAUUCAGGGUUCGCCCAACGAUACGACGGCGAGCUUCAGGAGCGCGGCGAUCCAGCGGGGCCGGCUGAGGUCGGAGCAGUUGCUGUGGAACGUGUGCGACUCGCUGGACGUCACCCUGUCGCAGUUCCAGCUCUUCGGCUCGCUGCUCGCUCCCAACAGCAGCCUCACCAUCUCCAACGCCGAACAAGAGGGCAUUACGGUGGUCUCCACGCUUUCGGGCCAGGGCUUCCAGAAGAGGCUGGCGCCCUUCAAUGGCUUCUUCUGCCAGCCUCUCUGA